CGCCAAGCAGGAAGUGAUCGUUUAUUUGCUACGUGUCAGGAAGUCGUCUGCAGUCAACAUGGCGGCGCAGCAGAGCGAUGUUGAUGAACUUUUCGAUGUAAAAAACGCUUAUUACAUCGGCAGCUAUCAGCGAUGUAUCAACGAGGCUCAGAAGGUGAAGCCGUCGGCACCGGAGAAGGAGACUGAACGGGACAUGUUUCUGUACAGAGCAUACAUCGCCCAGAGGAAGUACGCCGUUGUCCUGGAUGACAUCAAGGCCAACUCGUCACCCGAGCUUCAAGCCGUCAAGAUGUUCGCUGAGUAUCUGUCGAAUGAAAGCAAAAGGGAUGCUAUUGUUGCCGAUCUAGACAAGAAGAUGGCGAAGAGUGUGGAUGCUGCCAACACCACCUUCCUUCUCAUGGCUGCCUCCAUCUACCACCAUGAGAUGAACACUGAUGCUGCUCUUAGGACUCUGCACCAAGGAGAAAGUCUGGAGUGCAUGGCCAUGACCAUUCAAGUUUUGCUGAGUCUGGAUCGUGUUGAUCUGGCAAGGAAAGAACUGAAGAAGAUGCAGGAGCUGGAUGAGGAUGCUACUCUAACACAACUGGCCACAGCCUGGGUUAAUAUCGCUGUGGGCGGAGAGAAGCUGCAGGAGGCCUACUACAUUUUCCAGGAGAUGUCAGACAAGUAUUCAUCAACACUGCUGCUUCUCAACGGGCAGGCAGCCUGUUACAUGGCUCAGAAUAAGUGGGAGGAAACCGAGGGAGUGCUACAGGAGGCACUUGACAAGGACAGCAGCCACCCUGAGACAUUGAUCAACCUCAUAGUGCUGACCCAGCACCUAGGCAAAGCUCCUGAGGUAACCAAUCGCUAUCUCUCUCAGCUGAAAGAUGCACACAGAUCCCACCCAUUCCUCAGAGACUAUUUAGCCAAGGAGAAUGAGUUUGACAGACUAGCGUUGCAGUACACCCCCACUGCUACAGCGUAAGACACCUGCCUCUGCUGAGGUGCCUGAACAACAGAAUUAAGUUUAACACCAUGAGGUUAACACACUCUCUGUCUCUCUUACAAAUCUACGUCACAUACAAACAAUGUUUUGACAUAUUUACUUGUAGAAAAAUGUACUUCAGUGAAAAUUUGGCUCUGUUAUUUAAACCAGACUAGGGGUCAUCAUUUUCCUAAGGAUAUUUGAAAUAAAAUUGCAUUUCUCUUAUGAAAAUCAAAACACCUGUUUACUGUAAGCAUUCCUUUGAAAUAAUAAUAAAUGUUUAACACGUG